GUCUUUGUAAUUUAUCAAGAUUUUGAGAGUGUAAAUUGCAAAGAAAACUUGCAAGCAAAAAUUAAACUCGUGUUCUAGAUUUCAAGUUUUAAAUGUCGUUUUGAAGCUGUAAACAUUUAAAAACAAAACAGUGCAAAAAUUUACUGUCUUGACUUUGAAAAGCAGUAUUGUUGUUUCUGUCAAAAAUAUAAAAGAUAUUUAUACGAAAAAAAGUUAGAGAAAUAUCUAAAAUAAAAUAUUAACAAAAAUUGACCAGGAAAUUAAUUUAUUUAAAAAAAAUCUCUGUUAAUUGAAGUGUAUAAAAAAUUAUAAGGAAAUCUAGAAAAUCUCAACAUCAAAAUGACUCCCAAGCCAGAAAAUACUCAAAGUUAUACUUUGGACAAAGAAAAUAAAGCAAGCUACACAAAUAAAGGCUUUGUGAACAGCGAAAAACCUGUAAUUCCUCAAAUUGUGAUAACUGAUGAAGUGAAACUUCAACCGGCCGCUCAACCAACACAAAAAGUGAUCGAUUUCGAUGAUCUUCUGCCACAUAUUGGCGAGUUUGGACGAUAUCAGAAAAUACUUUUCCUUCUCAUGAUACCAUUUGCAUUCUUUGUUGCUUUCGUGUAUUUCUCACAAAUAUUUAUAACCCUCGUACCUGAUGAACAUUGGUGUUUUGUGCCCGAGCUAGCAAAUUUACCAGUUGAACAAAGACUCGCGUUAGCAAUACCACGUGAUAAAGAUGGGUAUGUCAAAUGUUCAAUGUAUGCUGUGAAUUAUACAGAGAUACUUCAAAAAGGAAUAAUUAAAUCUGACUCUUCAUGGCCGACCCAGCGAUGUAAAUAUGGAUGGGAAUAUAAUUUCACAGAAAUUCCUUACAGCACAAUAGCCACAGAGCUUGAUUGGGUGUGUGAUAACGAUCACUUGCCAACACUUUCUCAAUCAAUUUUCUUCCUUGGUUCAAUUGUUGGAGGUCUUCUCUUUGGAUGGAUAGCUGACCGUUACGGACGAAUUCCAGCUCUGGCUGGCUGCAAUUUAAUGGGUUUUAUAGCAGGUGUAGCGACAGCAUUCGCCUCAAACUUUUGGCAAUUUAGUCUCUGUCGCUUUUUUGUUGGAUUUGCAUUUGACAACUGCUUCACGAUGAUGUACAUUUUAGUUCUUGAAUAUGUGGGACCAAAAUGGAGAACAUUUGUCGCAAACAUGUCAAUUGCAAUCUUCUUUACCAUGGCUUCCUGUGCCCUUCCAUGGAUAGCUUAUUACCUUGCUGAUUGGAAACUAUUUGCAAUUGUCACAUCAGCACCUUUGUUUUUAGCGAUUUUCACACCUUUUGUUGUACCAGAAUCUGCAAGGUGGCUUGUGUCGCAAGGUCGCAUACCAAAAGCUCUCGGGAUUCUUAAGAAGUUUGAAAAAAUGAACGGAAAAAAUGUUUCACCUCAGAUCUAUCAAGAUUUUUCAGAUAGUUGUGCAAAAAUGCAAGAAGAAGAAGCAAGCAACUCGAACUACUCUUUGUUGGAUCUUUUCAAAACACCAAGACUUAGAAAUAUCACAAUUCUACUUAUUAUAAUUUGGAUGGCGAUUUCCCUUGUGUUUGAUGGUCAUGUGCGAAAUGUUGGAUCACUUGGUUUAGAUUUUUUCAUAACUUUUACUGUUGCGGCUGCAACUGAGUUGCCAGCUGACACGGUGCUAACAUUGACAUUGGAUCGAUGGGGACGAAGAUGGUUGGCCUUUGGAACGAUGGUUAUGAGUGGAGUUUUCAGUUUACUUGCUGUUUGUGUUCCUGUUGGAGUUUAUUCAGCUACUUUGGCAAUUCUUGGUCGAUUCAGUGUCAAUAUAUCGUAUAACGUUGGCCUUCAAUACGCUGCUGAACUUUUACCGACAGUUGUUCGAGCUCAAGGCGUUGCAUUUAUUCACAUUAUGGGAUAUGUUGCAAGCAUUCUCGCACCAUUCGUAGUUUACCUUUCACAUAUUAGCACUGAAUUGCCUUUAAUUGUCCUCGGGAUUUUGGGAAUUUUAGGCGGUUUUCUGUCACUUUUCCUUCCCGAAACAUUAAAUCAUGAACUUCCUCAAACGUUAACUGAUGGAGAAGAAUUUGGAAGAGGUCAAGGAAUGUGGGACUUCCCGUGCUGUGCGAAAAAAUUGGAAGAUGAUGAUGAAGUAAAGGAGUGCAAUCAAUUUAAGAGAGCUUCAAUCGGUCAUGCAUCAUUGAGAGCAUCAUCCAGAGGUGAAUACAGUUCAAGCAUGCUUCAGAGGUCUACUCGCUCUCGUGCUUCUUACAAGUCAAUCAACACAAGAUUAUGAUUUGAAAUAAAUGAGAAUCAUUGAAUGCAUGAAUAGAUAUCAUCAUUCGAAUUUUAUACUCAUCUAGUCAGAUCAUUGUUGAUCAAAGAUAUGAAUUUUUAUGAUAUGACAUGAUGGAACAAGAUUUACUAUUAAAAUAUGUAAAUGUGCUCAUGUAUCUCAACUGUUCCAAAGGAUUAUCUAAAAAUUUCUCUUGUCGACUUUCCUAUCGUUUCAACGAUUUUUAUUUCAUAUUUAAAAGAAAUCAAAAUAAUAAAAUUAAAAUGCUUACGACUGUAUGAUGGAAUGUGAAUGUAAGACAUAAAUUCUGAAAUGUAGCAAUGCAUGACUACUUAAGUAAUUAAGAAUUUUCAAAAGAAGUUCCCUUGCCUUUGAUUUUUAUUUAAAUAAUUUUAAAAUACUCGCCUUUUCAUCCUGUAAAUAUUUAUUUUAUACUUUUUCAAUAAACACAUUUUUACAUAAACUUGAAAAUUAAUGAUUAUGAAAUAAAAUCGUCGAUACAGAACACAAAUAUUUUGAUUUAAUAAACUUUCACUUUCUAAGAUUUCCUACAAUCAUAACUACAAUCAGAACUUCAUUCUAAAGAUAUCUAAUAAAAAAAUAAAACAAUUUAA